AUGGACAUAAUUAAACACGGUUGCCUUUCUGAAACGCUAGUUAAGAGCUUAUUACCAAAUGUUCUUGUCGGAUUAAAAGAUCUACACUCGAAUCACAUCGUCCACAAUGAUGUCAAGCCAGAAAACAUAGUCCUCUGCCUUGAUGGUAAGAUGAAAAUUAUAGAUUUCGAUUUAGCGACAAUCCAUGAUAAAGAAAAAUGUAAUUAUGAACACGGAGUUUUCGGAACAUGGCCAUAUAUGUCACCAGAAGUUGUUGACGGAGGCGACCACACAGAAAAGGUCGACGUUUGGUCCAUGGGAGUUGUCAUGUAUGUUGCUUUGACAGGUGUUUUACCAUUUAAAGCACCGAACCAAACAACCUACUUAGAUAAUGUCAAGCAGCAACCAUUUAAUAAGAUAUUACUUGAGAAAGUUCAUUGUUCUCGUCAAUUAAUUGAUCUAAUUUCAACAAUGCUCACAAAGGAUCCUGCAAAACGCCCUACGAUUAGCCAGUGCUUGAAGCAUGAAUGGUUCAAUUCGUAUUAA